AUGGAUUCUUCAGCAACAGCAGCAGCAGCAGCAGCCCGAGCAUCGCCUCGCGGCUACCAGCUACCGCAGCAGCGAGGCUACCCGGACGACCGAGCAGCCGCCGCGGCCUCGCUCCCGCCGCUGUCCACGGGGAUGGCCGCCGCCGCCGCCCAUGGCGACUCGCCGACCCGUGACUGGCUGAGUCCCUUGACCAGACAACCCCUCUCCUCCCACGCCGCCGUCGGCCAGUCCCCCUUCUUCGCCAGCCACGCCCGCUCCGGCAGCAGCGCCAGCCAGCCCGACCUGGCCUUCCGCGACCCGUCCCGAUACCCGCAGCAGCCCGAGCCCGCCUCGUACCCGGCCGCGGCGUCCUCUCCCGAGAGGGCGAGCCCGGAGGGAUACGAGGUUGCCGGCCCGCCGCCGACGACGUCGAGGAGUCGCAGCCACUCCGGGGCUGUGAUGCCGCCACCGCGCGUGCCGUCCCGGUCGCCCUCGGCCUACGGCCACAGGCGCACGCCGUCACGGACCAACCACGCGCGGGGGCCGUCCGAGGACUACGCGGUGCCGGCGCUCCCGGGCUCG